AAAGUUUAUUUGUGGAUGGAGAGAGUAUUUGGAAUCCUUCAAAAAAAGAAAAAAACAAAACCGACGCAGAAUAGGAAACAAGUCAUGCAAAAAACACGGAGUCCUUGUAAUUAUAAUUAUAUAUAGGGCUAGUGCUUGGCAUAAAAGAAUAUUUAAUUUGAGUAAGAAGAAAAGAAGAAGAAGAAGAAGAAGAAGGAGAUGGAAGAUCUGUUGUCUAAAGUUGGCGCCUCCCUCGCCACCCUCAUGUUCAUCUCCACAUUGUGCCAGAACUUUUUCCCUCCUCACCUCCGAAGAUAUUUGAUUUCCCGCUGUAACAAGAUUUACAGCUUUUUCUACCCAUUCGUCCACAUCACCUUCCAUGAGUUUGAAGCAGAGGAGAUCUUUCACAGGAGCAAAGUUUUCCGGGCUAUUGAGAGGUAUCUCGGCCAUGUUUCAUCUGGGAAUGCCAAUCGCUUCAUCGCGAAACCGGCAAAAGACAGCUGUGAGGAGGUGGUGCUCAGCAUGGGAAACCACCAGGAGGUGGUGGAUGUGUUCAAUGGGGUGGUUAAGGUGUGGUGGAGCUCAGAAGAGAUAACUUCCCUUCAACAGUCCUUCUCUUUAUAUCCAAGGAAUGACGAGAAGCGGUGUUUCCACCUCAACUUUCACAGGAAGGAUCGAGAGAUGGUCACGAAAUCUUACAUCAAGCAUGUGUUGGCAGAGGGUGAGGCCAUUCAGGUGAGGGAGAGGAAGCUGAAGCUUUACACCAACAACAAGAGUGACGACUGGAGUGGGUGGGAUAGCGGUUCCAAAUGGAGCCAUGUCAUAUUCAAGCAUCCUUCCACUUUCGACACUCUCGCGAUGGACCCGACCAGGAAGCAUGAGAUUGUAGACGAGCUUCUCAACUUCAAGCACUCCAAGGAGUACUACGCCAAGAUAGGCAAGGCAUGGAAGCGCGGGUAUCUCCUCCACGGCCCUCCGGGCACAGGAAAGUCCAGCAUGAUCGCCGCCAUGGCCACUCUUAUGCAAUAUGAUAUUUAUGAUCUUGAGCUGACCGCUGUGGAGGACAACAACGAGUUGAGGAGGUUGCUUAUAGACACCGAGGGCAAGUCCAUCAUAGUAAUCGAAGACAUCGAUUGCUCACUAGACCUGACAGGGCAGAGGGAGAAAAAAGAGGAGGAUGAAAAGGAGGAGAAAGACCCAAUCAAAAAGGAUGUGCUGAAGAAGAAGAAGAGUAAAGUGACUCUAUCAGGGCUUCUAAACGUCAUAGACAGCCUCUGGUCAGCUAUAGGAGAAGAAAGAAUCGUAAUCUUCACCACGAAUCACGUAGAGAAACUUGAUCCUGCACUGAUAAGGAGGGGGAGGAUGGACAGCCACAUUGAGAUGUCAUAUUGUUGCUUUGAGGCUUUCAAGGUGUUGGCAAAGAACUAUCUGGGCAUUGCGGAUGAUUCUGAAUUACCUCACCCUCUGUUUCCAGAAAUCAAACGUUUGCUGGGUGAAACCAAAACAACCCCUGCCGACGUUGCUGAGAACAUGAUGCCCAAAUCUGCUCGCGAGGAAGCAGACACGUGUCUGGAAAGAUUGGUUAAAUCACUGGAAACCGCAAAAGAAGAAGCACGGCUGAAAGAGGAGGAAGAGAAGAGAGCCAACACUGUCAAGGAAGAGGAAGCCCACCGCAAGAAGAAGAUGAAACAAGAGGCCGAUGACCUGAAGAAAGCAGAGUCCUCGUCUGUUCAAGAAAAUGGAGAUGCAAAGGAAUAGUUAAUGCAGAAUUGCAGAUGAUGCAUAGUGGAGAUUUGAGAUAGUGUUAUAACUAUUAGAAUAAUUUAAAAAUCAACCUAAAGAAGGAAAAUGCGUACCUUACAACCUGUGUAGAUGACUGACAAAUCAAAGCUAUCAUCCUUC